AUGCCCAAACAAAACACAAUCACAAACUCAGUCUUCCCCAACUCCUCCCCCCGGAUCAUCCGCUCAGAGAUAAUCCACUCUACGCUCGCAAACCUCGACUCAAGCGAUACAAUAAGUCGCUGCUACAUCAAUGCGUCAACGAUCACAAAGACCACUACCACCAAGCCAGUUACCAUCCCCGAAGGCGGCCCCGUAACAUCACCAGGUCCAGACCCAACGCCAGGUCCAGAACCCUCUCCCCCAAGCACCAAAAGCAUAACCCUCCGACGCAGCAAAAUCACCACCUCCACACUCACAAACACCUCGCUCUCCCGCUCCACCAUAACCGCCAGUAGCCUGUCCAAUAUCCCGCGCGCGCGCUCCGUUGUCGCAACAAGCAGCACGCUAGACAACGUCCGCCGCCUGCGCCGCGUCAACCUUGCAAACAGCACGAUUACAGAGCAGAGCAGCAUGGCGCGCUCCCAGGCCAAGGACUCCGUUGUCAGCGGGAGCUCGGUGUCCCGGGCGUCAUUGGAGAAGAGCCAUGUGCUUCAGAGUCGACUGCGCAAGAGCCAUUUGCGGGACUGCGAUGUGAGUGAGUGCGUGAUUAUUAAUACGGACUUUCGGGGCAUGGUGCUUCGGAAUGGGGUUUGGAGGAAUGGGAAGCUUGUUGGGUCUUGCGGGAAGGUGGAGGGAGUCGUUGUUAAUGGGAAGACACUUGAUACGCCGAUGGGUGAGAAGCAGCCUGGGGCUGCGAAGUGGAUGGAGGGCCUGGAGUCUGAGAUGGAGAGUAGCGAUGUCCCGGAUAGCGAAAGCGAGAGCGAGAGCGACGAGGAUGAUGCUAUGCCGAAGAGGGAGCAAAAGAAAAUGAAAAUGAAGGAAGAUCCGCCGCCGCCGUAUGCCCCUUGA